AUUCUGCUGCUCCACCACCAUACUGAAAUUUCAUCACAACCGCGAUCGCAACACCUGCUCGAGAGCAGCAACACCGCUCCCCCGCACGUCUUGGGCGACACGCCCAUCAGUUCACACGCAGAUCUCUACUGAAUUUGUUCGCCAGGCAGUCACACUCACCGAGUGCUCAGUAUGCCUCGUAUUCCCGUCCGCACAGAGCCUUACAGCUCCCCCUCUCGCCAGCAUCGCCACUUCAAGAACAAACGAGACCAGGUCUUGCGAGCCCUCGGCAAGUCGGCAUACAUCAAUGGGUCCCAAUUCGCAAUCAUGUGGGUAGCUGCCUCCGGACAGACAGAGACCUAUGCUAGCGAGGCUUUCCAAGGCAGACUGGAAGACUGGUUCGAGAACAGUGGCAUCAAGCAGGAGGGAAAGAGGCUAGUGCUGGAGAGAAAGGCUAGAAUGUCGGCAUCCGUAACGUCGUCGUCAGGCAAGAGCAUGCUGGCCGAGGAUGAUGGCGCCGACGAUGCUGCCAGUCAGCUCAGCGAUGACGACUCAGAUUGCGCCGCAGAAGACAACGAGAGUGUCCUUGAAUGUGGUAGCGGCGAAAUGGGUGCGUCUUCGAAGUUGAAGACCCCGUUGCUUGGCCAAGGCAGCGACGUCUUCGCAUCUCGGGACUCCGCUCCUCCCAUUGCUCCAAUCUCGGCCGCCCAUGCCAACGCAGUCCUAGCCUCGACAUCAGCAAUCGCCCCCACGCCCAAUGCCGUUGCUUCCAGCUCCACUAGCCUCAACAGGCCCGCACGUAAGCUCCUGCAACCCCUCGACAUCAGCUCUGCCAACCUGGCCUUUAACCAGCACUCUCCUCUGCUGCCUGCCUCUGCCGGUGACGGACUCUUCCUCAGAGCGCCUCUUUCGGCACCUCUGCCCAACCAGCGCAAGCCGCCUCCUCCGAUGCGAGUUCCUCUGGCCCGGACAAAUUCCACCUCAGACGCCAAUCUGACCCAGGUCACCCUGUCAAAUGAGGCUGCACGAACUGCAUUCUUCGAAUUGCGAUUCGGCCAGAUGCAGCAAGGUAUGUGCAAGACCGUAGCCAAGGCGUGGAUCAAGAUCAUCGAGCCAAAGAAGCAGACAAGGUGCCCGUACAACAAGGGCGAAGAGGGCAAACCCGACUGGUGGCCCGAAGGCGUUCGUCACAAGGAGCCAGACCAUCUCAUGAAGCCCGAGAGGCACUCUUUGCUUCUCACCAUCUUGCGAAGCCCAAAGAUCAAGGUCUCCCGUUUACAAUUGGCCACUGCUGAGGUUGUUGCCAUGAUCCGCGCCGACAAAGUCAAUCUGCUCAUGGACGUCUAUCGCAUCGCAAGAGAGGAGGAGCGCUUGCGGGAAAGUGGCAAGGGCGUCACUGAUCGACCCAUCACCGUCGGUGUCUCGACACUCCAGGGGUGGCAGAGAGGCGGCAUCAACGGCGAGAAGGGCGGUUUGAGCGAGGAGGGCAAGCGGGCAACUCUAGGGGAUGAUGUGCCUGAAAGCUCUGAGAGAAGGACAGGCGCAGGCGCUGCUAUGCAGGUGGCUGCGUCUAGCAGCGGUCCACUAGCGCAAGCCCGGAAGAGGGAGAACAGCCAGACCAUGUCACGUAACUCUUUGAACGGCACAUCUUCCUUGGGCCCUGUCGAGAAGCGUCAGCGACUAUCCAUCAUCAAAGUCGAAACACCGGAGGCCAUGGCCAGCAACAAUCUCAACAAUCUACGCGUCGCUGCUAUUGCGAUGGCUGCUGCCACAGCUCACGAUGCGGGUCAUCGUGCUGCUCAGCAGCAGCAGCAGUUCCAGCAGGCUGUCCAUGCUCAAAGCUUUGCGACACCCUCUCAUGUUCAGCUCAGGCUCAAUGAGCUUGAUGGACGCUACCCUCCCCAGAUGCAGCAGCAGCAACACUUCCAACUGGAUGCUGCUCAUCCCGGAUCCAUGUCGGCUCCUCAACCUGCUCCGGCUCAAUUAUACCCCCAUCAUCACGAGCCUCAGCACCGUCAGCAGCAGCACCAAACUCAACAGCAUCAAUAUCUUACUCACCAUUCUUCUUCCGUCGGCAACUCGCCUGCCAUAGGCUACAGCUACGAGCUUGAUGGGCAGACUUUCCUCGGCAAUUUCGAUGCCUCGCGUCCACAGCAGCAGAAUGUGCAGCAGAUUGAAGCCUCGAAUGCCGGUUCUCUGGGUCUCCAUGGCUUGGGCGUGGGAACUUUGCAACAUGCCAUGAUGUGGGAUGGGUCUGGUCUCGAGGCAGGCAAUGUGCAGCAGCCUUGGAGCUCUUCACCGGCGCCUCAGAUGCAUGCACAGCAGCAGCAGCAGCAGCAGCAGCAGCAGCCACAGCAGCAAGAGGACCAGAUGUCAUUACUUCGAGCUCAUCUCGCAGAAGCAGGCUCCUCAGGUCGUGCCACCGCAUCACCAUCGACGCUCGCUGGUGCUCACCGCGCUACCUUUGUGCACAACUCUGGAGGAGGCGAUGACUCGAUGGGCGACAUGACUCUCGACAUGGAUCGGUCAUUCGCCUCUGCCUCUUCGCACAGAUCGGGACCCGCAACACCUCCCUCUGCCGUUUCUCGUCACUCAAAUCAAGGAGUAGAGAACUUCAUUGGAGCUGCACCUGCACCUGUACAGGGGAUGGAGAAGGUCGUCCUGCAACAGCGGUACCCUUCUCACGGUCACGGUAAUGGUCAUCGCCAGGGUGAGGUCGCGAUGCCCUUCCAACAGCUGCAGGCCAAUCAUCAGAACGGCAUCUGGGCACCUUCGGGCGCAGAGGUCUUCACCGGAUGGGCUAUGAACUCUUGAGGCAUGUCAAGUGGUAGUGGUAGAGCCCACUUCAGCCGCGUCUCUUGUCCAUCUAUACCCCCUUGUUGUCUUCCUACUUCUUCUCUCUGUGUUACCCUUUCUCGUACAUCAUUCCGCGCAUGCCUCCGACAUUCUCUUUCAAAGGGCUCUAUAAGCUUAUCCGGUUAUUCCAUCGCAUCGCUUGACGCAAUUCAUGGACAUUCUCUUCUCACCUCGAUACUUGUGACUACUCAGCAUUGUUGUCAUUUCCCCUUGAAGGUGUAACCUUUGAGGCAGUCUCCGUUCCGAAAGCGGAGAGCCAAAAUGAGCCUGCACAGAUUUCCCCAG